GGCUUUUAUCCGCUUCUCUCUCUCUCUCUCUCUCUCUCUCUCUCUCUCUCUCUCUCUCUCUCUCUCUCUCUCUCUCUCUCUCUCUCUCUCUUUCUCUCUCACUUACUUUAUUCGUUUCACCUUCCCUCUUCUGUUCAUGGAGAAGGAGAGAGCUGAAGGGACUGCAGGUAUAUAAGAGCUGCAUGCAACAUCUCACAUAUCCAUCAUGUUGCGUCUAACUGAGUGGACAUACUUUUUUAAAUUAUUUCAGGACUAUUCCUUUUCUAUUUUUAGAUUUUUUUUCGCCAUUUCAAACUUUUUUUCCUGAGUGUGGACAUAUUCGUGGUCCACGUUGAUCACUGAUCAGUAGUGAUGCCUUGUGAUAAAGCAACUGCAGUAGCAGAGGAGCAUCAAUGUUGGGAUUCUUAACGACACAAUAAGGAAAAUGGGAGAUUUGGAGUUUGGCUUCGAGGAAAUGCAGGGUGUAAAGCUUGGGUAUUUGGUCAUUAAAGGCAAGCAGAUGUUUGCCCUUUCCCAGGUCUUCACCGACCUCUUAAAAAACAUCCCGCGGACUACAGUGCACAAAAGGAUGGAUCACCUGAACGUGAAAAAGCAUCACUGUGAUCUGGAGGAGCUGCGAAAGCUCAAAGCAAUAAACUCGGUGGCUUUCCAUGCAGCCAAAUGCACUCUGAUCUCCAGAGAAGACGUGGAGGCUCUUUAUUUCUCCUGCAAAACGGAGCGCGUGCUGAAAUCCAACAAAAGGAGAACGAAGACAAAAGCAGAGGAACUUAACCGAGAUGAAGAACAUUCCCCCGACAACAGGAACAGCUUUUGGAAAAAGAAACUUUGGCUGAGUUUUCGCGGUGUGUCGCCGACUCUGGCUCUUCGAAACAAAGCUGUCAGACCGGAGCUCUCGUCUAAUCUACCUCAAAUUUACAGCAAAUCCAUUUACCAGAACUUUCAACCGGUAACAGCGACUGCAUGUAGAGCCUUCAGAAACUAUGAAACUGUACAAAUACCCGGAAAAUGUGUGGAGUUUAAUGAGAAACGCUCGUUUUUUCGAAGCGGCGAGGUCGUAAAGCGAAAGCCGGCUGUGUCCGCCAUUUCGGCUCCGUCCGACUCGGAGCUGCUUUACAAAAGAAAAAGGAGGUGCGAGAGACACUUCGGGGGCAGAAAACGACACUACCGGCAGGUUUUGCUCGUUCCUAAGUGCUGCAAACCAAAAGCAUGUCUUUCUAACGGAUCUUUGAGCCAUUUUCACUCGAAUCGUGAGCUCUACUUGGAGUCCCGGCAUUUUCAGGAGAGCUGCAGUAGCGACACCGAGUGCAGCUCCGCCAACGACUCGGACUUUGGCUCAAGUUUGUCCACCAGCAGUAGCACUAGUAGCUCCACCAACUCUGGAACCACGGACGACGAGGAGGAAGACUCUUUUUCCGGUUCAUCAGAAGAAAGUACUGAUGGUGAGAGCUCGUCUCAAUCCGAUUCGAGCUCCGUGUCUAGUCGGGUUUCGGUGCAGAGCAUCAGAUUCAGGCGCGCGCGCUUCACAAGCCUUAAUACAAAAACGCCUCUGGUUUUGCAGCCUACUUUCCAUUACAGGUCUAAUUUUCAGCCCAAACAUGGAGGUCUGCAUGGAAGUAGUGCAGCUUUGGACUUUGAGAAAGGGAGAAAAAAAACUACUUUGGAUAUUACCGACUGGAAGCAGAGACGCAGGGAAUCUGAUGACUGGGACUGUGGGGAAAAAAUGUGCACAGUAGAGAAUAGCUUCUCAGGCCUGGAAAGCGUCGUGGCUCCGCAAACGGUAGACUUUACAAACGAGCCAAAGACAACCGAGCUUAUAAGUGGUAGAAAUAAAUACGUAAGUUUUCCAUCCUGUGCAGAUGGAAAGGUGUUUCCCCAACAAAGAACAUCAGGAUAUCAAGCCACAUUGGCACACUGCAAUCAGGACAAAGACACUGCCGUUUCUACGGCUCACGAUAGCAAUUUUUCCGAAGGUGCAUAUUCCAAAAAAGAUGCAAAAACAGUCAUCUGCCUCAAGCAACCGUCACCUCUCAAAACAGUAAAGACUGAGAAUGAGGAAUUCACAACAAUCCCAAACUUAGACACUACAAGAGAUACGAAACCAAACCACGUGAAAAUUAAAGUGGAAGACACUUUCGACGAGUAUGAAUAUGCAACCCAAGAUCAUGGUCAACAGUACAAAGAUAAAUACGAAGAAAAUGAUGCAGUCGGUUUGUGUAUCAGUGCUGAUACUGCAGAAACAGAUCGUGGUAAAGAUGGCAGACAAACAUUUCCCCCUCCUUCUAAACAGGAACCAAGCAGCACUUUAAACACUCAAGGGGAUUACAAAAACGGUGCAAGGGUCAGGAAAAGCUACCGGACUCCAGUUUGUGGAAAAAAGACAGAAAAUGUAGUAAAGACAAAUGCGAAGGUGGACAGGAGUCCUAAACCUGCUGGCAAAUGUGUGAGCAAACGAACUGCCCAACACGCAUCCUCUUUGAAAACAACUUUUAACUUCAUGGCGAAUUUUCCAUGCCCUCCGUCUCUGAUCGUUGGUAGUGAUGGAGAUUUGAGCCCUGCUUACUCUUUAACCUCUUUCAGGACUAACCAGGUGCCUCAUCCUUCUCAUCCGGUCUGGACAUGGCAGCUCGGCACUUCUGUUAUACCUCCUCACCUAAACCAGAGAUUCAGGAAAACAACAGCAUAAGCCAAUUUUGGAGAGGACAAGUCUUACACUGAUAAUUAAUAUAAAUGGCUUUUUUUUUGUUUUGUUUUGGUGAGCGUGCAGGAGGCCUACUUCUUCAUCACGUGCUACAGAAGCGCAGAUUUUUUUUUUCAUCCUGCUUUAUAGAACACUGUGGAUGUUUUUAAUAUUUUCUGUAACAAUGACAAAGAACAUCGUGCGGAUUUUUCUACGACCUGUUGGAAUUUCAGACUACAUCCGAAUGCCAUUUUGGACCUAUACAUUUUCUCAGCAAAGCAUGGCUUUGACCAUUAAAAUCAUCCCUCACAUGCCAUAUAUACCCCAAUAUAUACCCCAAAUAUUUCCCAAAACCUUUUCAUUACCAGUACUCAUUGUAAAACUCAUUGUAGGUAUCUACGUUGGACCGAGUUGACAUAUUUAUUCAAGGGCUGAAGCCUAGUUGGUCCAGACCCCCGUCCCAUCCUGCCCCGUCCCCCCAACGCACACAUACACACACUACAACAAUAACAGAAAGGCUCUGGACGAUUGACAAUCAGGAGCUGUUUGGAUUUGCACGAAGUUAUGAAGAGGGAAAAACUCCAAAUCGAUGUGGUUAAGGCAUUGAUAGUCUAUGGUAGGAGCUGAAGCACAUGUUUGACUAUGCAUUGUUACAAUGCUGUAAUGCUCCAUAAUAGGCUGGUUUUAUAUAUAUAUUGUAAAAUCAGACAUGGACAUGAAUUUGGUUGCAACGUAACUUAUUUGUGACAUUUUAAUUAGGCCAAGUAUUUGAUUUAAUUAGGCCCAGUUUGCCUGGUUAUUGGGUGCUGUUUUUGCUUGGUUUAGCUAAAAUGUGUUCUUGGUUUUUUUUUUCUCGCAAAUUUUUAACAAACACAGCUUUAAAAACAGUGUGCAAACAUAAUGAUGUGAAAAGGAAGUUAAUGCAACUAGCAAGCAUAAUUAUUUAUACUUAUUGUUCACGAUGCAAGAAUUCAGAUUAACUGCCUUGAGCCACUAGAGAAGCUAUAAGCCGUCUGAUAUCAAAGAAAUUCUCAAGUGCAAAACUCAAGUGUGAACUUGGUGCUCUUCUGCCCGUAGAAAUGCUUGAGAAAGUACUGUGAAGUAUUUUUGCAUACAUGUUUACCUUGAGCAAAGCAGAGUUUGCUCACUAAGCAGGCUUCGGAAGUUAACACAAAGGAUUGCAAGCAGCCAAAAUGCAAUGGCCAUCUGAUUUCAAUCAUGCAUUCUGUUUCUUAACAAAAUAGAAACAUACAGUACCGACAACUCUAGGUAUAACAACGUGCUGAAAAGACACACACACACACACACACACACACACACACACACACACACACACACACACACACACACACACACACACACACACACACACACACGCUAAGUGCGCUGUAAUAGGCCAUUGGGUGCUGCAUUUCAAUAGGUUUGUUAGGCUAAUGAAGUCCUAUUCAUCGCAAAUUGCGAUAAGAAUUGCAAAUGCGAUAAGAUGCCUUUUUCUUUCUUUCUUUUUCUUUUUUUUUUUAAAGAAACUAUUUUUGAUUACUCUAAUUCAACCUGUACGGUUACUUGGUAGCCCUUUGGCAAAGAGUGAAAGUCCAUGUCAAAGUGCACUGUGAAUUUCAGUUUCACCAAAUUCAGAGCAGAAUGUAAUACAGAUAACAUCCAUCGUAAUGUUUUAGGUUCCAUAAUGCGAAAAGAGAGCACGACUCCAUGUAGCUUAAAUCACAUAGGCCUAGACAUGGACAUGUUGUCGAUAUCAUCUUUCUGUUUGUGUACUUUCCGUACAAUACUUGAGGUCAGGUUUUGACAAGUACAUUUUUUAAACUUUGAAGCCACUGGUUGUUUAUAAAACGCAUAUUUAUUUUUGUGAUUUUCCUGUUUUUUCAUAUAUAUUUGUUGUGUAGGAUACAUGCACUCAAAUCGAAAAAAAAACUUGAAAUGUGGAUUUCUAAGCACUUUCCUUUUUUCUGAAUGAUAAAAUUUUCAUUAAAAUGUAUUUGGGCGUA